AUAGAUCCCCUGCCAGAAUAUUCAAGAGCCCUCCUCUUCAACUCAUAUUAACGGUUUAUCCCGCUACUUUUACCAAAAAAAAAACACACCUUACCCACCCACAAUGUUCGGUUUCGGCUCCUCAUCCUCUGAAGCAGAGAUCGAAAAGCCCGCCCCUACGAGGGAAGAGCGCAAGCAAUGCUGGGCCUCGAGAGAUAUCUACCAUGGGUGCCUAGACAAAAACAAAGUUCUGCAAGCGGGGGACGAAGUGAAGAGGGAUGGAAAGGGCAAUGUGGUGGCGGGGAGUGUAUGUGACGGGGAGAGGCAAGCGUACGAGGGGAGCUGUGCCAAGGCUUGGGUGGACUACUUCAACAAGAGAAGAACCCUUGAGCUUCGCCGACUGGCGACGAUCGCAGCGGCUGAGAAAAGCGGGGAUGCCGCAAAGGUGGACGCUUGGAAGUCUGUCCCUGGAGCUGCCAGAUAGCCGGCGAGAUAUAAUGAGAAAGGAGAAGCAUAAUAAUAAGCUAUCGACAUAUGGCAUGAAUCUA